AUGUUUCCAGCACUCAAAUAUUGUGCAAUAGACUAUGAAUAUGAGAAUGAAGCUAGAAAGAGAUUUUACAGAGAUGCUUUAAUGCUGCGAGUGCCUUCAAGUUUCUAUCAAGAUGGAAAUUAUCUUGUGGGAGUCACUGACACUAAAUAUAGGAGGCCGUGGACAAGAAUCUCAACCGUUUCGGUUUGGGGAGAGACAGACACAGUGUGGGAUGAAUGGAAAGCAGUGUUCCCUGUGGAGGAUUCCAUCGAGAUAAAAACACCUACAAGAAUGACGACUCAAGUUAAUUGUGAAUCUGAAGAAAUUGUUCCAAGUUCAAAUCCAAACUCACAGCCUGAGGAAGAAGAAAACAUGUUUUGCGCCCACAAGGACUGCUUUGAGGUCUUCACACCUGUCAAGUAUUCAGAAUGUUUGUCACCUCAGUCCAAGAUUGAAGAUUUAUUUAUUGAUGAAGAAUUCGUUUUUGUAGAUAGUUUGAAGAACUAUAGAAAUCAACUGCCAACUGUGAAAACUCUCUUGAGUAGACUAAAGCUGUAUGUCAUAAAGGAUCCCCUUGACGAUUUCAAACAGGUCUUCAAAGACAAUAAUUGGUCAGUGGAAUCUUUAUCAGUUGAAGCAAAUAUGGAAGUUUUUACAAAAGAAGAUUUUUCUGGGCCUGCAGAGACCUUUUGUAAAGUGGAACUAGAAGAUGAAGAUUUAGAUGAGUCAUUGCUUUUUCUUCCUGCCAUUGAAUCUGUAAUAUCUGCAUGUGAUGAACAAGAAGUUGGUAUUUCAUCACUGCCAGACCUGAAGGAGUCAUUAGACAUAAUGCCAGAAAAAAUACAGCAUGUAGAUGAAAAUGAACAGUUCCAAGGAGACAUUAUUUUCAACCAUGGAAUUGAAAUUGAGGAUAAGAAGUACAGUUUCACAAAGAUUUGGACCACUCAAAAUGAGAAUGAGCCAGAGUAUGAUGAACCAGGAGAGUUAGAACUUCCUCUAAGUCAGCCACACCUUUCAAAUCAACAUUCUUCAGUGAAUUCAUUAUGUGCAGGCCUUCAGACAGUUCCGUCAUCUCCUGCUUAUGAAAUUAGCUCUCUUACUACCGAAGAAUCAGCUAAGAAAUACUCAAUGGUCGAGCCACCAGAAAGAUGCCCAAGCUCUUCAGACACACUGAUGCUUGCUGUUCCUCACACUAUCAUUUGUGAGUACAAUAAUCAGUGUUCAGUUAAACACUUUAAAAAUAUGCUUUCUAUUCAAGAGUACUUUGCAGCUGAUCCUGGAAAGGCAGAGUGCUGGGAGAAAGCAAGUCUGACUCAAAACCAGACAGAAACUUUGGAAAACCCAGACAUGCCUUUAUGUCAUGAUCCCAGUGACACCGAAAUGGAGAUGCUUUUGCCAGAAAACACUGUUCAAAUAGAAUCAUGUCUAGAGAAUGAAAGUUGUUCAUCACCUAUUAUACUUAAUAAUGAGAAAUCUACAAAUGUUCAUUUUUCACCUCCACAAAAUAGUCCACCUAUGGCAGAAGUAACAGAAAUAUGUUUUCCUGAUGGUUUUGUCUCUACUCAAACACCAACAAAAGAAGAAACACCAAAGAAUGAUCAAGAGCUAGUUGAUGGAAUAAUCCAGGAAAAUGAAAAUAAGAAUCUCUUUGAACUUGAGUGCAUGGGACCAUCUGUUGAAUUAUCUUCCUCUUCAAGAAUUAACAAAGCAUCUUGUGAGCACCAUAAAGAGUGGGAUAAAUGUUUGGACCCUCUAAGCGAUUUUAUUAUGCUGAGAAAUAAACAUAUGACUUGUACAUCAAGAACUGAAGUCACAAACAAUGAAGAAAAAGAGGAUAAAGAAGAAUGUUCAUUGCCUCUUCAGGAAAAAAGUCCUAUUGUCUGUGCUGAUAAAUCCCCAGAGAACCUAAUUCCAAAAUGGGGAGUAGAUAAUGUCAUUGAAAUUCAAGCAUCAGAGAGUCAGUGCCAAGCAUACUGUCUUCUAGAAGCAGCAGCUGCUCCUGUCUUGAAAAAGCUUGCGUGCCUCUCUCCUCUCCCUGUCACUAAUUGGAAAUUUGCCACUGUUAUUUUUGAUGAAACAAGGUUCUUCUUAAAGGAACAAGAAAAAAUAAUAAAUGAUGCUGUUCACCAAGGUACAAAUGAUGGAAGAGAAAUGACGUUCAAGUAUGCUGCUGUCUUGCACCUUCUGGUAACUACCAGGGAUGUCCUUCUAACGUGCGAUGUAGACACAGCAUUAGGAUAUUUGUCAAAUGCAAAAGAUGUCUACAGAAGUAUUGUGGGCUCUUAUUUGGAUGGCAUUUGGAGACAGCUGGACAUUGUACAGUUUACUAAUGACAAAAAGUCUGAAGUUAACUACAGAAUACAGGAAUUGCAAUGUCAGAUUUUAAAUUGGAUGCAAGAUCAACAGCAAAUUAAGGUGCUGAUUAUAAUAAGAAUGGAUUCAGAUGUUGAAAAACAUUUACUCAUUAAAAUCCUAUCCAAAAUAGAAGGUUUAACACUUACUGUCUAUCACUCGAAUGAAGGAAAAGAUUUUCUGGAAUCUAGUCCUCUUUUAAAUGGUACAAGUUCCUGUGUAAUUAUACACAAUCAAUAUAUUGGCGCCAACUUCCCUUGGGGAGAUUUCUCAUUUGUGGUGGAAUACAAUUAUGUAGAAAAUUCUUAUUGGACCACACACUGCAAAAAAUUGAAUAUCCCUUACCUACGCUUAAAAGUGAUUCUUCCAGACACAGUUUUACAGAGAAGUACUUCAUUGGAUACGUUUAGUGGCUUUCCUUUGGAAAUUCAGAUUCCAUAUGUGUUUUUUGCAUCUGAUGGACUUCUUAAUACUCCAGAAAUUCUUCAGUUGCUAGAAUCCAAUUACAAUAUCCUAUUGGUGGAGAGAGGCUGCAGUGAGUCAUUGAAGCUCUUUGGAAGCACAGAGCAUUAUGCGGUGGUGACAGUCGAUGAGCACACUGCCAUCGUUUUGCAGAACCUAGAAGAACUGAAUUAUGAGAAGGCAUCAGACAAUAUCAUUAUGAGACUCAUGGCUUUGUCAUUUCAAUACAGCUAUUGUUGGCUAAUUUUAUAUAAAAAAGAAACAAUAAAUUCUGAGUACCAUCUUACAGAAAAGACACUUCAUCAUCUAGCACUGAUAUAUGCAGCUUUGGUUUCAUCCGGGCUAAAAUCUGCAGAACUGGAUGUAAAGCUUAUAAUUGCCCCAGGAGUAGAAGAAACUGCAUUGAUAAUUCGACAAAUUGCUGACUACAGUUUAAUGACCUCCAAGAGAGAGCCUCAUGAUUGGUUGAAUAAAUCCUGGCUUGAAAUUUCACCAUCUAAGGAAGAACUGUAUUUACUUGAUUUCCCCAGUAUUAGCCCACUGGUGGCUCAGCUCAUGUUAAAUAAAGGCUCUUCCCUGCAUGGGCUGUUAUUAGCGAAUCUGUGUCAGCUUCAGGAAGCUCUCCCUGAAGUUCCAGAAAAAGUGUUAAAGCAUUUUUGCAGCAUCACUUCCUUGUUCAAGAUUAAUUCCUCCACAACAGAAUCACCUCAAAUUUCAUUACCUCAGGAAGACCGGAAUCAGAUCAGUGACCUUACUUCUCAGAGUUUACCUUCCAACUCUUCAGACUCUACCACUGAACAAUACAAUGCCUUUUACCAAUAUUCAGAUCCAGGGGCCAGAGUGCUGGAAGACACAGACACCACUUCAACUUAUAAUAUUUCCCACGUGGAGUUAAGAAAAAUGUCUCCCAUUUUAUCAUCUGCAGGUUCUUAUAAUCAGAACAACUACUGGAAAGACUUUAGUUGUAGACCUGACAUAAUCCCAAAUAAUCCUUGUCUAAUUAACAUGGAACCAAGGAGAGCAGCUUGUAGGUCAUUUCUAAACCGGAAUGAUUCAGAUUCAGAUGUCUUUUCUUUGGGUCAAACGCAAGUCAGUUGUGAAGAUGCAGUGCCACCAAUUGACUGUCAGAAGGGAGCUGCCCCUUAUUUUACAAAUUAUCAGAAAAAGCAAAUACAGGAAGCCAAAGGAUCCACAAACAAGGAAGUAUUUCCCCCCAUCUUUUCACUAAUGGGCUAUCAGUCUCCUUCUCACUUGAACUUUAAGAAAAAUGCACGGGAACCACAGACUCACUCAUUCAACUUGCACUAUGGCUUGGAACAGACUACAUGGAAUGAGUGCUGCUUUCAGCCAGAUCAACCGAAAUAUCGCUUGCAGGAGUCAGAAGACUUCACAUGGCAAAGGCCAGAUGCUGGGAUUCAAAGGACUUCCAGGGGAGGCUUCCCGUCCCUUCCCAGUUUAGAUUUUCCCCAUGCUUCUGAUUCUAAUGUCAAUCAAAAAGAAUUCAAUAACAUUUCUUUAUACCAAAGAACUGGAGAAUAUUUAGGUCAGAAAAGACAUCUUGAAAGUUCAUCUGACUCAGGAGACAAGGAAGCACUGACAGGUUUCAUGUACCCACAAUUAGCACAGUUCAAGAAGCGACGUCUCACGUAUGAAAAAGUCCCUGGGAGAGCUGAUGGACAAACCCGGCUGAGAUUUUUUUGA